CGUGCCUUGUCUGUCUCGUCUCGUCUCGUCGUUCUUGUUGUUUCCGAGUCGUAACAUUCUUAUUUAGCUGCUGGCAACAAGAGAAGCUGUUGGUCUGCCCCGUUUUUCUCCUUCCUGGCCUGGAAAAUAAGAAAUAUUGUCGUCGCCCCGAAAAAAAACGUAGCCAUCCCCAUCUCAUUUCUCCUCCCUUUUCUUCCCUUCUUUCCCUCCUCUCCCUCACUCAAACAUCCACCUCCCACAUAUUUUUCUCAACAACGACCAGUGGAUUUUAUCGUCGAAUCCGUCAGAUUUCAUCAAUUUGACACUAUUCGCACAUCUUAAUCAUCUCCAAACUGUUGUUAUUUUCUACGCCUGGUGUAGCAGUACCUCUUGACAUCCUCCAAGCGACGUGUACCCCGCAGUCGGCUCACUUCCUCCUCCUGGAAGCCUGCGUUCACUGCCAAAGUGGUUUCCCAACUCGAGAUCUUGAGGCUAUUCAGAGAUUCGACCUGCUCCACCGCCCGCACCUGCACUCCACAUUCUGGCCACUCACAGCUCGUUUCACCUCGUCACUCUCCGACUGGACGCUUUCCCGCUUGCAACCAUUCCGUUUCUGACGAGGCCCGCACGCCACAGAUCUAGGCAUUUCUAUUCGCUGUGCCUAGUACUCGCUUUGACGCUGCAUUUCGGUGCCAUUUAGCGUGUACCACUCACUACCACCCGUCGACCGCUAUUCGUUGCCUUAUCGACAUUUGAUGGUUUGAAUCACAGCCUUGCCCUACGCGACGCCUUAUUUGAUCCUUGGGUUUUGAUGCUGCAAAUGCGAGGUUCCUUUGCCCGCUUCUAGUAUCAAUAUUCCCUGUUUCCAAUUUUGGCAAUCAAUUUGUCACAUGCAAUAACCGCCUGUAUUGGUGUUUCCAUUCACAAUCUUGUAAUACGCGCUGCACGAGGCUAUUCGUUACCUCUCUACACCCCAGCAUGGCUGCUACAGGCGCCGACACGUCUAUGUCACGAUACGACUCAUCGGCCGGCGAACUAUCAUCGCCUCCUUCCGGAUCGCUAUCAGAACCUGGUUCACCAUCACGAAAUGGAUCCGGUAGCCGAGCACCGCAAGACUAUGACGAGAUCGUUGUCGUUUCCAGCGAUGGCCAAUAUCAACACAUAGGCCACCAGAAUCACAGCGAACGCCCUCCACCGCCUAUGCCACCCCAAUCAGGCACAGGCCCCCCUCGACGAUACGCACUUGUCGACAACCAAUGGGUUCAAUUAACCGCUGCAGGUGUGCCGCGCAAGAAGCCCGGACGCAAACCUGGUACCAUUGUGAAACCUCGAACUUCGGACGGUGCCGAUGCAGCAAAGGCUGCUCGAAAGCCUAGGAAACCUCGAGAUCCUAAUGCGCCAGCAUUGCCACGCAAGAGAAAGAUUGCCCCUGCAGACGGCGAGAGUGAGAUCCCGGCAGAUUCAAAGUCUCUUGCCGCAGCUGCAUCAUCCGCCGGCCAGGGACACAUGUCGGAUGUCUCCCAUGUAUCAGCAUUGUCGCCUGCUCAUCAUAACCGUCAAACAUCGUCUUCAUCACAUCAACCCGAACAACGUUAUUCACCAAAGAUGUUGAAGCGUGAACACUUUAUGCAGAACAUACUAAAUUCAGAUACUCCUGUAGAACGACCACAAUCUCAACCCCAGUCUCAACCUCAGUCUCAGCAUAAUAGCUCUACAUCUAUUCCUGUUCGUACCAGCGGUCAAAGCUACGAUCCUAUCCGCGGUAACUACGAUCCUGUUCGUGAGACAAUGGUUUCUCAUAGCCCUUACCCCUCUACUUCUGGUUCACCAAGAGCUGCUUCUCAGAUGCCUAAUCGAUCGCCAACCAUUGCUAGCCUCCUUGGUGGGAAUGAAUCACGCGGUCCAUAUCAGCCACCCUCGAACCAGCCUCGCUUCCAGGCGCAUGAACCAUCUCAACCACCAUCACCAUCCAAAGACCCUCGCGACAUAUUGACACCAACUCCUUCUUCGCGACCACCAGUGCAGGAACCAAAGAAGGAUCCACCUCCUCCACCGCCACCCGUUCAAAGGCCAGUCAUCAAAGAGUCCAACUUCACCACUAUUUCCAAUGGUCCUAUCAAGAAGUCAUCGCCAAAACAGAAGCCUUACACUGGAGUUUCCACGCCAAAGACUGACACGCUCGAUGAUAUGGGAGAAAGCGAAGGCCGUUCGAUCCUCGACUUUGGCCGAGCUAAGCCAGGCGAAGAAGCCCAGGCCCCAACCAUUGUUCUCAGUAUACCUAUCCAGCCCGGCGAGACAAACAGAUAUGUCAAUUUUAUGCGCAUGGCUGAGGAUCGGUACGGGUGGGAUGCUCUUCACCCUCGCCUGGCUGCCAACCGAGACCGCAAGGCUCGUAUCGCCGCGGCGGCUGCCUCUCUAGAAAAGGCGGAAUCGGGCCGCGAAUCUGGUGAUGAAAUGUCCGUCGAUCUCUCCGAUGCCGAGGCUAGCAACCCCGACAACGGCGCGACCAGCGGCCCUGAUGCUCAGGCUAAGCCCAAGAAGAAGCGUAAUUUCAAGGAGGAUCAGUACGAUGUCGAUGAUGAUUUUGUCGAUGAUUCAGAGCUCCUAUGGGAAGCUCAGGCGGCGGCAAGCCGUGAUGGAUUCUUUGUCUACUCUGGCCCUCUUGUACCUGAGGUCGAGAAGCCAGCUGCUGGCCAUGAUGGUCCCCCUAAGCGCGGACGGGGUGGAAGAGGUAGCAGAGGUGGUGGAAGAGGUGCGUCGACCAGAGGCGGGACAGGCAGCGGCCGCGGCGGAGGACCUGGAUCUCGAGGUGGCUCUGUCACCCGAAAACCCCGUAUCACUAAGCAGGAGAAGGCACAACGGGAACGCGAGAAGGCUGAGCGCGAAACAAUGGCUCAAAUGGCCAAGACACCUACCCAUGGUGGCUACUCACUAAACCCAACCACGCCAUCCUUUGCUGUGAGCGAGCUAGGGGCUUAGGAUCCUUCGUUAUCUGCUAAUGGUUCUCGCCCGCCAUAUAAUCUUGGACGCCGGCGCUAAGCGUAACACUCUUGAAAAGAGAAACAACAUUUGAACAAAAGGUGUGCUCCAACUCAGCACACUUAACCUUCUGUCAUCGUGCUAUGGCAGUAUACACCGCCCACAACUAUCAACACUGGGAAUCCCGAGUCCUCCUCAUUUCUUCCUUUUGUUUUGCAAUCUACUCGGCUGUUUUGUGGAGCAUGGAUGGUCCGGCAUGACCUCCUUAUGCGGUUUCCAAAUUUGUGGGAGUAUUGGCGUGUCAGAGAUUUGUUUGUGGGACUACAGGCGUUUACCUGGUUUACAUGCUUGCAGAGGGAUGGCACAUGGGUGGCCCCGGUGAUGAAGCAAGAAAAGACCAGAGAUGAUUGAUAAUUCGCCCUCAGACAAUGGUGGCUUUUGAAAGCAGACUAGCCAGGCAAGGCGUCACGACCAUUCGGGCACUUCCCACCAGAGAGGACUAGUUCAGCGGUAUUAGAUGUUAGAGUUGGAGUUGAACAAUUGUAAAAGAUGAUGGUCUGAUGACUAUAGCAAUAACGAGCCUAUAUCAAAAUUGCGCUUUGCCAUGUAAU